AUGUCAGCCCCGAAGUUGCGCGUCGGUAUCGCCGGCCUCGGCCGAAUGGGCCAACGACAUGCAUUGAACUACCACGUUUUUACUCCUCGUGCCGAGGUGGUAGCAGCCAGCUCUCCUGAUCUCAAUGAGCACGUAUGGGCAAAAGAAAACCUCACAGGAGCAAAAAUCUAUACAGACUACUAUGAAAUGCUCGAGAAAGAGAAUUUGGAUGCUGUAGUGGUUGCUGGAAUUACUGCCGUCCACGCAGAUCACGCCAUUGCCGCUAUCAAGAAGGGAUUGCAUGUCAUGUGCGAGAAGCCUUUGUCUCUUGACGUCAAGAUUGCUCAAUCCGUUCUCGAUGCCUACAACACAUCGCUCAAGACACACCCCAACCAGAAAGUCAUGUGCGGUUUCUCGCGCCGCUUUGAUGCUUCCUACCGUGAAGCCUAUGAGAGAAUGACCUCAGGCCAAUACGGCCGACCAGUGAUCUUCAGAUCCCAGACUGCAGAUAUGCUCGACACAACCGGGAUGUUCGUGCAGUACGCCAAGACCAGCGGUGGAAUCUUCCUCGACUGCUCCAUCCACGAUAUUGACCUGAUGUUGUGGUUCCUUGGUGAGACCACCCAUCUCAAAAGUCUGCAAGCGGUUGGAGUCAUUGCCGUCCACACUGCAUUGGAUGCGAGCAAGGACCGUGACAAUGCGGUAGCUACGGUCGAGUUUGACGGUGGCAAAAUUGCCACCCUUUUCUGUUCGCGUAUGAUGGCUGCUGGACAGGAAGAUACCACCGAGGUCAUUUGUGAGAAGGGCUCAUUGAGAGUGAACAUGCAAGGCCGGAAGAACCACCUUGAGAUCCACGAUGGUCAGGGAGCUAGACGUGAUCUUCCCAAGCAUUACUAUGAGCGUUUCAGAGAGGCCUUCCUCACGGAAGCUAAUGAGUUCACUGCUAGCUGCUUGGAUAACACGCCUCCUCCAGUGUCCCUCUCAAGCUCGGUGAAGGCAGUUGUUAUUGGCGCGGCUUUGCAGAAGAGCUUGCCUACGAUUGAAUUAAGAUUAAUUUACUUCGACGAAACGAGCUUCUAUACUCCGGAACAACGGGAAAUCAAUGUUCAAGUGGUAAAUGAGACCAAUGAAGUGAUCUCGACAUUGAUUCAGUCUGAAUUCGACCAACUGAUUGAUGAAAUCGAGGUUGCUGAAGAAGUCGACAUACUUGAUGGAACGCAUGACGACCAAAUGGAAGACCAAUUGAUGCCCGAGGCAGAAGCAACAGAAACAGACGAAAUCCUUGGCGAUCAGCCAGCAACACCAGACGAAAGCGAACCAGACGAAAUCCUCGGAGACCAGCCCAUUACGCCGUCAGAAACCAUUGACGAUCAACCACGUGACGACGGUCUCAUGGUAUUCAUUGACAAUUUCAACGUCAAUGGAGAUGAUUACAUCUCUCUCUAA